AUGGAGAAACUUCCUGUCACUGCUGCCGAUAUCCGCCGUGAGACUAUGGUUGAUCCGACCUUACCUACAGUCAUCGAAUUGGUCGUGAAAGGGACUCAAGCUGUGAAUCUGACUGGAAACAAUGAGCUCACACCUUUCGUUUCCAGGUGCAAUGAACUGUCUGUCCAACAUGGUUGUUUAAUGAAAGUGGUUGUUCCCCAAAAGCUGCGUAAAAGAGUGCUGGAAGAAUUACAUGCUGGCCAUCCGGGUAUUGUCAGAAUGAAAGCCAUAGCACGCAGCUAUGUAUGGUGGCCAGGACUUGAUGCCGACAUUGAACUAUUAGUGAAAAUGUGUCAGUCAUGUCAACAGAUACAGAAAAUGCCAUGCCAAGCCCCCCUCCACCCAUGGCAGUGGCCGAGCAAACCAUGGGACCGCAUACAUGUUGAUUUUGCUGGGCCAUGUGAAGGCCACAUGAUUCUAGUGGUGGUCGAUGCACAUUCAAAAUGGCCGGAGGUGCAGUUGAUGAAGUCAACGACGUCAGAAAAGACAAUUGAAGUUUUGCAGAAUUUUUUCAGUCACUAUGGGUUGCCUGAAAUCCUCGUCAGUGAUAAUGAGCUGCAAUUUAUUUCACAGGAGUUUUCAACCUUCUUGAAGGCAAAUUAUGUGAAACACAUUUGCUCCGCUCCAUAUCACCCGGCAACUAAUGGGCAGGCUGAAAGGUUUGUUCAAUCCCUGAAGCAAGCACUAAACCCCUCUAAGGGUUGCUCUACGCUGCAAAAAUGGCUUGAAAAAUUCUUGCUGACUUAUCGCACAACACUGCAUUUGACGACAAAAGAGCCUCCCUCCCUGUUGUUUUUGGGACACCAGAUGCGCACGCGUCUCGAUGCCUUACAACCCAGUGUAGCAGAUGCUGUACGACUCUCGCAAACCUCCCAGGUCCUCAGCCGAGCUGGUCGUUCAAAGCCAAGACAUUUUGUAUAA